AUGGCAGGCUCUACGACAGGAUACCUGAGCGGCCUGUUCUCGGCGGCCCCCAAGACGAGCAUCUCGUACAACCGCCUCGGCAAGUCUGGGCUCAAGAUUUCCAAGGUCGUUUUAGGGGCCAUGUCAUUUGGCCACAAGGAUUGGCGAGACUGGGUCCUUGAGGAGGCCGAGGCUCUGCCACUGCUCGAGCACGCUUGGAAAUGCGGCAUCAACACAUGGGACACAGCCGACCUCUACUCGAACGGUGUUUCCGAAGAAAUCAUCGCCAAGGCCAUCUCGACAUACAAGAUCCCCCGUGAGAGCGUGGUCCUCAUGACCAAGUGCCGCUGGGCCACCAGCGGACCCGGGGAGCCCCAGAUGUCGGUCUUUGACGCGACCAGCAAUGACGGCCGGCUGGUGAACCGCCUCGGCCUGUCGCGGAAGCACAUCUUCGACGCGGUGCAGGCGAGCGUGAAGCGGCUGGGCACGUACAUUGACGUGCUGCAGAUCCAGCGCAUGGACCCGGAGGUGCCGCGCGAGGAGAUCAUGAAGGCGCUGAACGAUGUCGUCGAGGCCGGGUGGGUGCGGUACAUUGGUGCCAGCUCGAUGCCCGCCUGGGAGUUCCAGGCUCUGCAGAACAUCGCCAAGGAGCACGGCUGGCACCAGUUCGUCUCGAUGCAGAACUACUACAACCUCCUGUACCGCGAGGAGGAGCGCGAGAUGAUGCCCUACUGCCGCGAUGCCGGGGUUGGAUGCAUUCCUUGGUCCCCCCUCGCCCGUGGCGUCCUGAGCCGCCCCUGGAACGCCCUGCGCGAGGGCCACGAGUCGAUCCGUGCCGCCUCGGAUGUCACGAUCCGGCACCUGGUCAACUCGUCCGACGAAGGCAACCCGGACAAGAACGUGGUCGACACGCUCGAGCAGGUGGCCAAGGCUCGCGGCCUGCCCAUGGCCGUCAUCGCCACCGCCUGGUGCAUCGCCAAGGGCGUCAAUCCGAUUGUCGGGCUCAACAGCAUCGCGCGCAUCGACGAGGCCGUGCUUGCUGCCAACACGGUGCUCACCGAUGAAGAGAUUGCCCUACUGGACUCGGGAUACCGGCCCAAGGCUGUUACUGGGUACUAA